AGCGGGCGGCUGCGCGGGGGGGGCGAGAGCUGCAGACCGGGGACGGUGAUUCCCCCCCUCGCGGCCGCACCGCCGUCUGGGAUGGCAUCGGUGGGCGCAGAGUUCACGGAGAGAGGCGUAGAUUGAGGAAAAAAGGCUGAUGCUGUCAGAGGCGCCGUCCUUUCGGCAGAUGGUGUGUCCCGACCCCCCCCCUACGUAGGUGGGCUGCCCCCACUUCCCUCCUCCCCGCGGUCAGAUGGUCGGGCUCGGGCGGACCCGCUGUUGUGCCCCCCCUGCGCUCACUCCCGCCAUGAACUGCCGUGCGGAGGUGCUGGAGGUGUCGGUGGAGGGUCGGCAGGUGGAGGAGGCCAUGCUGGCGGUGCUCCACACCGUCCUGCUGCACCGCAGCACCGGCAAGUUCCACUACAAGAAGGAGGGCACCUACUCCAUCGGCACCGUGGGCACCCAGGACGUGGACUGCGACUUCAUCGACUUCGCCUACGUCCGCGUCUCCUCCGAGGAGCUGGAUCGGGCCCUCCGCAAGGCUGUUGGGGAGUUCAAGGACGCGCUGCGCAACUCGGGCAGCGAUGGGAUGGGGCAGAUCUCCCUGGAGUUCUACCAGAAGAAGAAGUCGCGCUGGCCCUUCUCGGACGAGUGCAUCCCCUGGGAGCUGUGGACCAUCAAGGUGAACGUGGUGAACCUGGCUAACGAGCAGGAGCGGCAGAUCUGCCGGGAGAAGGUGGGCGAGAAGCUCUGCGAGAAGAUCAUCAACAUCGUGGAGGUGAUGAACCGCCAUGAGUACCUGCCCAAGAUGCCCACCCAGUCGGAGGUGGACAACGUCUUCGACACCAGCCUGAAGGACGUGCAGCCCUACCUGUACAAGAUCUCCUACCAGAUCACGGACUCCCUGGGCACCUCAGUCACCACCACCAUGCGCCGGCUCAUCAAGGACACACUGGCUCUGUAGGGCCGGGUGCCACCGAGGCAGGUUCACCCCGCGUGGUGGCACAGCCCUGGCUCUUUGGGACAGCAUCUCGGCUUGGUUCCCUCCUCUCUGCCUCCAAAAAGCCUCUCUGGGGAGCUGGACUCGGCCUGGCCCUUAAUUGGGGGUUGCUGCUGUUUUGGUUUGCACUGUGGGGUGCUCACCCGGCUCGGAGAACCGGCUCGGCGGCUCCCAGGUUGGCAGAGGGGUGGUGAGUCCUCGGGGCAGGAGCUGCUGGUCAGCCCAUGAGGCACUGGCACCAGCUUGGCGCAGGGCUGGUGGCCCAGCAGAGUGACGCUGGGGACCAGCACAGAGGGGAACGUGGUAGCCGAACACCGCCUGGCCCUGCUGGUGGCCGCUCUCCAACUCUGCACAACACUGCCAGCGUCAGCCUUGUCCCUUGUCACCGUGUGUCCCCCCCCGGGCGGCACCCCCAUCUCUGGGACUGAGCCCCGCUUCCCUGCGGGGCGCAGAGGGGAGCUCUCUGCCUCCUCUGGGGCGAAAAAUAAAGUGUUUCUGCAUUCA